UUGGAAGGGCUCUCGGUGCUGCGGCGUGCAGAAGUGCACCUGCUCGGGCCCUCGCCCGCUGCCGUCGGCGCUCGGAGCCAAGGGGAGGGAAGAUGGCGUGCAGGAUGGAAGGCACACAGUGAGAGAGAGAGAGGCAGAGACACAGGCAGAGGGAGAAGCAGGCUCCAUGCACCAGGAGCCCGACGUGGGAUUCGAUCCCGGGUCUCCAGGAUCGCGCCCUGGGCCAAAGGCAGGCGCUAAACCGCUGCGCCACCCAGGGAUCCCCCCGAUUGACUUAUUUCCCUCAGCACAAUACCCUCCAGGUCCCUCCACGUCGAAGCAAAUAAACUCACAAGAUCUUUCGUAAAGAGAUUUGUGGUCAGAACCUUAUGCUGCAUUUUUAUUCAGGAAAUAAGCAGGAAGAGAAGAGUCUCAUUUCCUAGGAAUCCAGCACUGGAGAAACGAGGAAGAUUCUUUCAAGGAUGGUCUCCCAUUCAGAAUUGAGGAAGCUUUUCUGUUCAGCUGACGCAGUGUGCUUUGAUGUUGAUAGCACAGUCAUCAGAGAAGAAGGAAUUGAUGAGCUAGCCAAAUUCUGUGGAGUUGAGGAUGCUGUGUCAGAAAUGACGCGGCGAGCCAUGGGUGGAGCAGUGCCUUUCAAGGCUGCUCUCACAGAGCGCUUAGCUCUGAUCCAGCCCUCCAGGGAACAGGUGCAAAGGCUCAUAGCAGAGCACCCCCCACACCUGACCCCUGGCAUAAGGGAGCUAGUAAGUCACCUGCAAGAGCGAAAUGUUCAGGUUUUCCUAAUAUCUGGUGGCUUUAGGAGCAUUGUAGAGCACGUUGCUUCAAAGCUAAAUAUCCCAUCAACCAAUGUAUUUGCCAAUAGGCUGAAGUUUUACUUUAAUGGUGAAUAUGCAGGUUUUGAUGAGAUGCAGCCAACAGCUGAAUCUGGUGGGAAAGGAAAAGUUAUUAAGCUUUUAAAGGAAAAGUUUCAAUUUAAGAAAAUAGUCAUGAUUGGAGAUGGAGCCACAGACAUGGAAGCCUGCCCUCCUGCUGAUGUUUUCAUUGGAUUUGGAGGAAAUGUGAUCAGACAACAAGUAAAAGACAACGCAGAAUGGUACAUCACUGAUUUUGUAGAGCUUUUGGGAGAACUGGAAGAAUAAUACCAAUUUUUAUAUGCUUCAUUUUUUCAGGUUAAUUUUUAAAAGUCACAGAGUUUGAUACUGUUUGCUUACAAUUGCCUAUUACAACUUAAUGUAUAGAUUUGGUGUUGAUUAUCUGUACUUCCAAGUAAACUAUGGAAAAUCACUUUUUUUAACUGCAGUCCCAGUAUUAUUGUGACCGUUAAUUACCUGGACAGUGUUAUAAUCUGAAUUCUUUAUGUAUUUUUCUAGUGAUAUUUUAUUUGAGACUUUUUAAAGGAGGAUAGUAAAUUAAACACCUUUCCUAUUGGAAAUAUGGGUUAGGCAGCUUUAAGUGAAUAUUGGUUUUCCCUUUGAUAGGUAAAUAAAAGUUUAUCCAUUUAUCAGCACA